CCCCACUCUUUCUCCGAUCCCUCUUCACGCCCUCUUCCAUCUCUCCCGCUAUGGUCACCAGCACCACCCACCAACGCGCGGCCGCCGGCGAGAAGAGCUCCGACACGACCUCCAAGGGGGCCGGAACCCGUCCCUCUUGGGCUACGGCUUCUGCUCUCUCUGGCGGCCACUCCGCGUCCACCAGCGGCAGCGCUGGCUCGCCUUCUAGCCGCUCAGAGCCUGCUGCCUUGGCUUCGGCUGCCGCCACCACUCCUGUCAGCGAGAACACCUUUGUCCGGCUUAAUCACCUUGAUAUCCAUGGUGAUGAUGCCGGAUCCUCUCAGGGUGCUGCUAGUGCUAAGAAGAAAAAGAGAGGAGCACGAGCAGUUGGAGCUGACAAGAGUGGCAGAGGACUUCGUCAAUUCAGUAUGAAAGCCUGUUUGCUCAUUCCAUUCGAAACUCGUGAGAUCCUCGGGUUGGGCUGGCAAUCCGAUCCGGAGAUCGGAGUCAUGGCGGAGACACCUAGAUCCGCCGGGACAGAGUGGGGAGUUCGACUAAGUGCACCAUCACCGGAGCUGACUCUCAAUCAUUUCUUGGAUCUAUGGGUGUUUUGCGUUGUUGUUUCAUUUUCUCCGCAAGAAUGA